UUGUGUAUGUAUGUGCGUGGACUAUGCGUUUAAAAGUGUGUUUUCAUUGAAUAAACAAAAAGACUUAAUACACAAACCGAAGAUGUGUUAUACAUAGUGCGUGCGAUCGGUUGUUUGAGUGAUUGGUGCAUUAAAAGUGGUUUUCCGUGCCCCAUGAGGGUAGUUAAACUAAAAUGUGGAUUACUAACAAUAAUACUAAGGAAUAUUAUUUUUGGAUUAUAGCCUCCACGACAGUACUCUUAUCCUUAGUAACGACAGCAACAGGUUUUAUCUCGUGUUCUCCUAGCCCGUGCAAAAAUGGCGGCACGUGCAUAUCUUCCCCCAAAGGCGAUAGUUUUUGCAAUUGUACAUCGAAAUACGUAGGAGAAUACUGCCAGCACCUCAACCCUUGCCACACGAAACCAGGACCCCGGUGCCAGAACGGAGGGUCGUGCCAGGUCCGCGUGUCCGCCGGUGGUUCCCCCAGCUUCACGUGUCUGUGCCCGCUCGGUUUUAGUGCCUCCCUGUGCGAAAUACCCAUCGCGAACUCCUGUGAUCGACGGCCGUGUUUGAACGGUGGCACCUGCUCGCUAAGAUCCCUGGAAUUCUACCAAUGCUCCUGCGCACCAGGAUAUACAGGGAAGCGCUGCGAGAAACAGGACCACUGCGCCUCUCAGCCAUGUCGGAAUGGCGCCGAAUGCACGUCAGUGGGCGAUUCCUACAAGUGCACCUGCGCCCCGGGAUUCACAGGAGCCGCCUGCAAGGACGACAAGGACGAGUGCAAGCACAACCCUUGCAGGCACGGGAAAUGCCACAACACCCACGGAAGCUACACAUGUACCUGCGAUGAGGGCUACACGGGCCAGAACUGCGAGAGCGAGUACAUCCCAUGCGACCCGAGCCCGUGCCUGAACGGCGGCCAAUGCCGGCAAAGGGACAAGCACACCUACACCUGCGAAUGCCCGACCGGAUUCCGGGGCCUGAACUGCGAGGAGAACAUCGACGACUGCCCCGGCCACCAGUGCCAGAACGGCGCCACCUGCGCCGACGGCAUCAACUCCUACAUGUGCAAGUGUCCCUCCACCUACACGGGUCACUUCUGCGAGCAGGACGUGGACGAGUGUUCCACCAGGCCCUCCGUUUGCCAGAACGGCGCCACGUGCACCAACAGCGUGGGCGGCUUCUCCUGUAUCUGCGUCAACGGCUGGACCGGUCCCGACUGCUCCGUCAACAUCGACGACUGUGCCGGGGCGGCCUGCUUUAACGGGGCCACUUGCAUCGACAGGGUCGGCAGCUUCUACUGCAGAUGCACCCCGGGCAAGACCGGUCUCCUAUGUCACCUGGACGACGCCUGCACGAGCAACCCGUGUCACGCCGAUGCGAUAUGCGACACAAGCCCGAUAAACGGCUCCUACACAUGCAGUUGCGCCUCCGGUUACAAAGGCAUCGACUGCUCCGAGGACAUAGACGAAUGCAAGCAAGGAUCGCCAUGUGAACACGACGGCAUCUGCGUGAACACCCCGGGCAGCUUCGCCUGCAACUGCACGCAGGGAUUCACGGGGCCCCGAUGCGAGACCAACGUCAACGAAUGCGAAUCUCACCCCUGCCACAACGACGGGUCUUGCUUGGACGACCCGGGCACUUUCAGAUGUGUCUGUAUGCCAGGUUUCACUGGCACACAGUGCGAAAUCGACAUAGACGAGUGUAAAGAAAAGCCCUGUCUAAAUGGCGGAAUAUGCCACGAUCUCAUCAAUUCCUUCAAAUGCACUUGUGCCACAGGUUUUACGGGCUCAAGAUGUCAAGUCAACAUCGACGACUGCAUUUCCAAUCCUUGCCGAAAUGGUGGCGUUUGUCAAGACGCAAUAGCAGGCUACACCUGCGAAUGUCCACCGGGUUUCACAGGCUUAUCUUGCGAAACGAAUAUUAACGAUUGUCAAUCGUCCCCGUGUCUCCAUGGAGAAUGUAUUGACGGAGAGAAUUCCUUUUCAUGUACUUGCCAUCCUGGGUACGAAGGACAUUUAUGCCAGCAUCAGAUCAAUGAAUGUGAAUCCAACCCAUGCCAGUUUGGAGGAAUAUGUCAAGACUUGGUUAACGGAUAUCAGUGCCUUUGCAAAGCUGGUACAUCAGGAGCAAAUUGUGAAAUUAAUGUCAACGAGUGUUACAGCAAUCCCUGCCGAAACAAUGCUGUAUGCCAAGAUGGGAUUAACAGUUAUACAUGUCAGUGUGUACCAGGCUUCACCGGACGGCAUUGCGAAAACGACAUAGAUGAAUGCGCGUCAAAUCCUUGUGCUAAUGGAGGGGUUUGCAUCGACCUAGUCAACGGCUUCAGAUGCGAAUGUCCAAGAGGUUAUUUUGAUGCUCGCUGCUUGAGCGAUGUUGACGAGUGCAAAUCUAACCCUUGCAAACAUGGCGGGAGCUGCGAGGAUGGGGUUAACCAAUUUAUCUGCCACUGUUUACCAGGAUAUGGCGGAAAACAAUGCGAAAUCAACAUCGACGAAUGUGCCUCUAAUCCUUGUCAGCACGGCGGGAUAUGCCACGACCAUCUGGCUUUCUACACUUGCGAGUGCUUACCUGGGUAUUCAGGAACCAAUUGCGAGUCCAACAUCGACGACUGCGCUAUAAAUCCCUGUAAGAAUGGCGGUUCCUGUAUAGAUCUCGUCAACGACUUCAAAUGUGUAUGUGAACUGCCGUUCACUGGAAGAGAGUGUCAGGAUAAGCUCGAUCCGUGCUCUCCGAAUGUCUGCAGGCAUAACGCUAAAUGCACUCCCAGUUCGAACUACCUGGACUUUGCCUGUUCCUGCGGUAUAGGCUAUACUGGCAGAUUUUGCGAACAAGACGUCGACGAGUGUGUGGUAUCUAAACCAUGUCGAAACGGUGCGACUUGUAGAAAUACCAAUGGGUCAUACCACUGCAUUUGUAUGAGAGGCUAUGAAGGGAAAGACUGUUCUAUCAACACUGAUGAUUGUGCUUCAUCCCCUUGUCAGAAUGGAGGCACCUGUUUGGAUGGAAUCGGUGAGUUCAUGUGCCUCUGUGUCAAUGGCUUCGAAGGAAAACAAUGCGAAAUUGACAUCGACGAGUGUUACUCGAAUCCGUGUCAAAAUGGCGCCACCUGCAAUCAGUACGUUGACUCAUACACGUGUACCUGUCCCCUUGGUUUCUCUGGCAUCAACUGUCAAACCAACGAUGAAGAUUGCACGGAGAGUAGUUGUAUGUAUGGAGGGACAUGCAUCGAUGGAAUAAAUACAUACAUUUGUACCUGCAAACCUGGAUAUACGGGUUCAAACUGCCAGAACAGGAUAAACUUGUGCGACAGCUCUCCGUGUUUGAACGGUGCCACCUGCCAAGAUCACACCACACACUACACAUGUCACUGUCCGUAUGGUUACACGGGCAAAGACUGCGGUGAAUACGUAGACUGGUGCGUGACAAACCCCUGCGAGAAUCACUCCACCUGCCGACAAGUAAAGAACCAGUACCAGUGCCUUUGCGGGCCGGGAUGGACUGGCAAGGUGUGCGAUGUGGAAAUGGUUAGUUGUCAGGAUGCUGCCGUCAGAAAAGGUGUACCUCGGUCACUGCUCUGCAACAACGGCACCUGUGAAACUAUCGGCAAUUCCCACAGGUGUCUCUGCAAGGAGGGAUAUACCGGCUCGUACUGUCAAAAAGAGAUCAACGAGUGCGAAUCUGCCCCUUGCCAAAACGGUGCCACAUGCAAAGACCUGAUUGGAUCCUACACCUGUUCCUGCCCCAAAGGCUUCCAAGGCCAGAAUUGCGAAUUGAAUGUGGACGACUGUCAACCGAAUCCUUGCCAGAACGGCGGCACCUGCCACGAUUUAGUCGACAGCUUCCUCUGUUCCUGCCCUCCAGGAACUCUGGGUUACAUUUGCGAGAUCAACAUAGACGAUUGUCGGCCAGAUUCCUGCCACAACAACGGGACCUGCAUAGAUAAAGUGAGGGGAUUCGAAUGCAAGUGUCCCGCAGGGUUCGUGGGACCCCGCUGUGAAGGCGACAUCAACGAGUGCCUUUCGAAUCCUUGCUCCAACCCUGGUACCCUCGAUUGCGUCCAACUAGUCAACGAUUAUCACUGCAAUUGUAAAGCCGGUUACAUGGGACGGCAUUGCGAACGUAAAGUGAAUUUCUGCGCAGCUUCGCCUUGUCAAAACGGCGGAGUAUGCACCACCAUACACUCGGGUCACAAGUGCACCUGCCAGGAGGGUUUCUAUGGGAAGAACUGCGAGUUCAGUGGUUAUGACUGCGAUUCGGACCCCUGCUUGAACGGAGGAGUUUGUAGGAUAUCCGAUGGAGGAGGUUACAUUUGCGACUGUCCCGUGGGAACUUCAGGAAUUAACUGCGAAGUCGACUCCAUAAAUGAAUGUAACAGCAACCCCUGUUCGCAUCCCGAAGCGAUUUGUCAGGAUAAAAUCGGCGAUUAUGCUUGUUAUUGCCCACCAAAGCACGUCGGGAAGAACUGUGAGGUGUACGACCGCACCUCCUCCGGUGGCUUAGGAAGACCCGUCAAGCCGCAGCAAGACUUCAGUAGUUUCUAUGCCAGGGACUUGGAAAAACAACGUCAACAGUGCAUACGGAAUAAUUGUCCCUUGAAGCGUGGUAACAUGCGUUGCGACGAGGAGUGCAACACUUAUGCUUGCGAUUUCGACGGAAACGACUGUUCGCUUGGCAUAAACCCUUGGGCAAACUGUACCGCGCCCACAAAGUGUUGGGAGGUAUUCAUGGAUGGUGUUUGUAACCAGGAUUGUAACAAUCCCCAGUGUUUAUUCGACGGAAGGGAUUGCGAAAAGAAACUGAAAGCGUGUAACCCAACUUACGACGCCUACUGCCAAAAGCAUUACGCCAACGGGCACUGCGAUUAUGGUUGUAACAACGCCGAAUGUAACUGGGAUGGAUUAGAUUGUGAGAAAGAGCCCCCGGAUAUAGCCGAAGGUGUUAUAUCGAUGGUGGUGCUUAUGGACAUCGAAGGCUUCAAGAAGAACCUCGUAGCCUUUCUUCGAGACACAAGUCACCAGUUGAGAACUACCGUUCGAGUAAAAAAAGAUCAACUCGGCAACGAUAUGAUUUACCCUUGGAUGGGCCCUAUGCCCAACAGCGGUCUUCAGGACGAUUACUUCAAACACAAGCACCAUAUCGCUUUCUCUGAGCAAGCGCAGACGGGCAUUAGAGUGUAUCUAGAAAUCGACAACAGAAAAUGCACCACGGUUUCGGAAAAUACAGAGUUCUGCUUCCAGACAGCUAGCGCAGCCGCUGAAUUCUUAGCAGCCAAAGCUUCUAAACACACCCUGUCUCAAUCCUUCCCCAUUUACCAAGUAAAUGGUUCUACCAGCCUUGACGAAGAAAACAAUCCACCUGCCAACGCUAAAUACGUCCUAAUAGGGAUUCUGAUGGUUAUCUGCUUAUGCGCCGUCAUUUUCGUGGUGAUUCAAACGCAGAGAAAGCGUGCCGCCGGUAUAACGUGGUUCCCGGAAGGAUUUUUAAGGACUAAUUCCGGCACCAGACGAAGAUCUCGGAGACGGGGACCCGAGGGGCAAGAACUACGUAAUCUAAGCAAGAAUCCGUCUAUACCCGGUAUGGAACUAGAUCCCAAUGCUCACCAUGGUCACGUACCGCAGUGGUCUGAUGACGAAAGUGACAUGCCCCAACCGAAAAGGUUCAGAGGAAACGAUUUGGGUUAUUCCAGUGAUCACACAGCUAUAACAGAAUAUGAGGAGGCCGAACCACGGUGGACGCAACAACAUCUAGAGGCUGCCGACAUAAGACCUCCUCCUAUGCUUACACCUCCGCAAGGAAAUGAACACGCCAAUAUAAAUGCCCGAGGGCCUUGCGGAAUGACUCCGAUUAUGGUAGCGGCCGUUAGGGGCGGAGGUAUGGACACCGGAAUCGAUGAAGACGAUGACGAUGGAGCGGGAGCGAUCAUCCAAGAUCUCGUAGCCCAAGGCGCCGAAUUAAAUGCCACGAUGGAUAAAACCGGAGAGACCUCUCUACAUCUCGCUGCCAGAUACGCACGUGCCGAUGCCGCUAAGAGACUUCUGGAUGCUGGGGCGGAUGCCAACGCGCAAGACAAUACCGGUAGAACGCCUCUCCACGCCGCUGUGGCUGCGGAUGCCCUAGGAGUGUUCCAGAUAUUAUUGAGGAACAGAGCCACAAAUCUCAACGCUAGGAUGCACGAAGGCACAACACCGCUCAUAUUGGCAGCCAGGUUGGCCAUCGAAGGGAUGGUCCAGGAUCUCAUUAGUGCCGAGGCCGAUAUCAAUGCGGCCGAUAAUUCCGGGAAGACGGCACUCCAUUGGGCUGCUGCUGUGAACAACGUGGAGGCGGUCAAUAUACUGCUCGCCCACGGAGCCAACAGAGAUGCUCAAGAUGAUAAGGAUGAAACACCUUUGUUCCUAGCUGCUCGCGAAGGUUCUUACCAGGCUUGCAAAGCUCUGUUAGAGGCCUACGCAAACAGGGAAAUCACCGAUCACAUGGAUAGGCUUCCCAGAGAUGUAGCGAGUGAAAGGCUACACCACGAUAUCGUCCGACUGCUAGACGAACAUGUUCCUAGGAGUCCACAGAUGGUUAACGUUAUGCCCAAUAAUAACAUGAUGACGUCUCCCACCGGUCACAUGCUGCAACAGCCCACAGUGAUCGUUCCUAAACGUCAGAAAUCUAAGAGGCCCAGCAAGAACAACAACGGUCCGACGAGUCCGGAGGGGGACGGCAUCACCACGACAGGCGGCAGCAUCCGUCGAAAGCCCAGCGUAAAGAAAAACAACAAGAAAAAUACUCAGCACAUCGAGGUCCAGCAGAACGCGGACUCAAUAACGUCGACAUUGAGUCCCGUCGAGUCCCCUAUGACGAACCUGCCCAGCCCCUACGACACCACCUCGUUAUACUCCAACAUGAAUCUAGCCCAAGGCUUGGAAAGCCUCAUGGGCAACAAACAGCCACCCAGUUACGAAGACGUGGUGAAAAAUAACUUGGGAUUCACCUUGGAUAACAAUUACGGGGCGUUUAACAUCUUCCAGGACCCGUUGAUGAUGCAACAAAGGCAGAUGCAAGCUAAUACUUUGAGUCCUCCUUAUUCCAACCAGUCUCCGCCUCACUCGGUACAGUCAAACAUGUCAUUGUCGCCACAAGGUUAUAACGGUUCGCCAUCACCGGCAAAAAACCGGCCAUCUCUUCCCACGAGUCCAACGCACAUCGCCGCCAUGAGGGCCGCAACCCAACAAAAGCACGGCGGCGUGCCGCAGGCUCAGAACCUACAGAUGGGGUUUGAAUUCAGCCAGACGGGCCUCGAACUGCCGAUGGCCUAUUCGGGACUGACGAGCACCACCCCGGCUACGCUGCAGCCUCAGCAGUUUCAGCAGCAGCAGCCACAACAACAGCAGCAGCAGCAGCAAAAUUUUUACUUGACGCCUCCGUCGCAGCACUCGGACCACCUCCUGCCGGAGAAUUUCCCCACCCCGAGCCCAGAGAGCCCGGGCCACUGGUCGUCCAGCUCGCCGCGGUCCUGUAACUCCGAUUGGUCGGAGAACAUCGCCAGCCCCAACACUUACGUGUCCUCCGGGCACCAGACCAACAAGGGCUCUGACGCCAUUUAUAUUUGAGUGUCGGACACAAUUUGUGAUCUUGUUAUCGUCUAUUAAGUUGCGUAGGACGUAAGAAACACGGCUGCAUUGUGAUGGUUAAUGCGAAGAUGUAAGUAAAUUUUUUUUUUAUGUGCGGUUGUCGUACGUGUUUGUUUUUCCAACUGAAAAUUUUAUUUUUUUUUUGUAUAUAAUCGUUUUAUUUUGAAAGGCGGUUUCGGUACGUUGUUGUUUUAAAAUGUACUUCCAAAAAUAUUCUUCUGAUUUUAACUACAGGCUUUACCGACUACAUUGUCACUUCUUAAGCAUCAGUAAAAUAUAUUUAGGCACUGUAUUAUUAUCGGGUUCAAGGUAUAUUAUAGAAAUAUUCGAGUUUAUUACGUACGUUGCCUAAUAGCGCUUCGCUUUUCGUAUACAGUGUGUUCAAAUUUAUAGUUGUAUAGACCGUUUACAUAAUUGGUUAAAAAUAAGUGAAUAUCAAACAUUUUUUUAAUUAAUGUUGGCUAAAUGGCGGAUAUUUAAAAAUUAGUAACUUACUGGAGAGGUACUUGGUCACUUUUAACCAUUUCUUGGUUAAAAUUGAAAAAAUUAUGUUUCUUUGAAUUGGUCUACCAUUAAUAUUGUGUGUAUGCACAUUUUCAAACAGUUCCUGUAUCCUAAAAAUGACGUUGCGUCUACCUUUAAGUUCAUUAUUUGAAUAUGCAGGCCGACAAAAUUUUACGAAAGUCCAGAAUCAGAGACCGGUUCUAGUGUACCCAAAGGAUUUUGGUGCGCUGAUUAUGAAUCCCGAGCUCAGAAAUGUCCCAUCACCCUAGGUUCUCGAGAUAUUCUAACCUAAAUGUCCAAAAAUCACGGUUUUUCGCUAUAUUCGGGGUCAGAUUACACUUGCCCUCCUAAGCGUACUUCGAUUUUUUUGAAAAUCUUUUUUUUUUUCCUAGAGAUAUGACAGAUUGAAGUUUAGUACUUCAGCGAUUUCGUUACAACAUGGAAAUAAACAAAAUUUAUCCAAAAAUGAGAUAUAGAGUACUUAUAUGUCUCUUGAGUCGCAGAAUUAAGACCUGCUCCAUAACCUCAAUAUUUCAAGAUUUUCUAACCUAAAAUUGCGAACACUACUAUAUUAAGCAGAUACAUGCUGUUACAUUCGCAUGCUAAGCUCAUGGCAGGUUCAUCAUAAUGCGCUAUAACCUACGACAUGUUAACUUAAAUGCGCAAUAACCAGCGAGUGUUAAACGCACAACAGGUUAACCUAAAUGUUCAAUAACCUGCGAGCGCUAAACCCGCGACAGGUAAACCUAAGUAAGCUAUAACCUGCAACGCUAAACCCACGGCAGGUAAACCUAAAUGCGCAAUAACCAGCAAGGGCUAAACCCACAACAGGUCACAGAUAACAGUAUUCUAAAUGGCGUUUUAAAAUCGAAAAUUUAAUAUGAUUUAUUAAAAUUAUUCCACCGAAGUUAAACAGUUUUGCAUUAGCGUAGCUGGUUCCUGUGUAAGUACACAGUAACCAGCCAGUAAACCUAAGAAGGUUUACCUGUCGUGAGUUUAGCCUACGCAGGUUAAUGCGCACUUAGGUUAACCUAUCGUGGGUUUAGCGUCGCAGGUUACAGCGCAUUAAGGUUCUAAAGGGUUCAGUGACCACAGGUUACUGGUGCAUUUAGGCUAAUCUGUCAUGGUUUUAGCCCUCGCUGGUUAUUGCGUGUUUAGGUUAACGUGUCGUAGGUUAUGAUGAACCUGUCAUGAGCUUAACAUCCAAAUGUAACAGCGUGUAUACAUAAGAAUCUCCUUCAUUUAGUAGGUUUUUCUCUAUUUUAGGUUUGAUAAUCUUGAAAUAUUGAAGUUACGGAGCAGAUCUGCCGGUGUUUUCAAAUUGAGUGACUCAAGAAACAUAUAAAUAUGUUAUAUCUCGUUUUUGGAUAAAUUUUGCUUAUUUCCAUGUUGUAACGAAAUCGCUGAAGUACUAAACUUCAAUCUAUCAUAUCUCAUGGAAAUAAAAGAUUUUCAAAAAAAUCGAAGUACGCUUAGAAGGGUAAGAGUGAUACUGAGAUUAACGCAAUUUUAGAAAAAAAAUAAUUUCACGUUGUAAUCUGAGCCCGAAUAUAGCGAUUUUUGCACUUUUAGGUUAGAAUAUCGUUUCUGGUUCUGAAAAUAGUCGGCUUGUGUAAUUUUAGAGUAAACCUACAAAAAAUCAUUACCUUUGCCAUAUUUAAAUAAAAAAAUAACUAUUUAUAACUGCAAAGACUAAUUUUAAUGAACGUAUUGAAAUAAAUAACACAAUUACUAUUAUCUGUUCAGUGUCCUGAAGGCGAGUAUGUUUCCAGUGUGCACUUGAAAAUAUUCAUGAAAGUUUGCACAUGAAAAAAUUAAUUGUGCACAAAUAUGCUUUUUAGAAAUGCAUUAGAAGUUUUAUUCUUAGUCUUCUGAAGUUCCACGCUGCAUGAACGCCUGUCCACACUUUCAUUAUUACUUUUUUUAAUUAUCGUUCGUUGUUUUGAAAAAUGUAAGCCACUUUAGAUCAUUUUCCACAAAAUUGCACAAUGUUUUGCAUUUUCACAGAAAUAUUUGAAUAUAUUGAAAAUUUGUAUCAUUUGAUGUCCCAAUGUGAAUGCAUCUACGACAUAUUGCGUUAUUGCGACAUUGCAACAAUAAUACAGUAUAACAAGGAAGUACCUUGUAGUGAACCUAUUUGUAGAAGCUUUAACAUUAUUAAAAACUAAAAUUUAAAAAAAUAUGUCUUUUACCUCUAUCAAUGGUCUGUACACCUAUAAAUCGACUGGGACACGCUGUACUUUAUAUUUUAUUUCCUUUUAAAUCCGUUUUAGCGCGAAUGGAAGUUUAUCCGAGUUUCCUCUUAUUUGUAAAGCGCUUUGCAUUAAUGUCGAAAUGCAGCAUAUUGUAACAUGUGGUCUCAUUUUUAUCAAAUGCCAAACAUUCAGAACGUUUUUUCAGUAUUUAUUGCAUAGUAGCCGAUGAUUGGGCCAGCUCCCAUUCAGAAAUUCGAAUCCCAAUUUGUGCCUUGACACACUUGUUAUUUUAAAUGUGUUGUAAUAUUAUAUAGAAUACAUAAUUACAUUUUGUACAUAUCGUAGAAUGUAGAAUAGUUUUUAUUGCCUUGAAUAGAUCUUGAAAUUCAUAAAUUCGUACGUUUGCAAGGGGAAAUAUUUUAUUUAUUUUUGUUUACAAGUCUAGUUGAAUAGCUUAUCUAUCUAUUAUGGAGUACAUUUUAAAUGUAUUAAUUUAUUGUUGAAAAUUGCAAACGUACGAAUUUAUCGCUCGGUUUUAAAUAUUUCAAAAUUCAUGACAAUUUGUAAUAUUUCCUUAGUUAAGAUAAGUUCUGUCUCUCUAUUUUUGUAUGUUAUGACUUUUUAAUCUGUGCAGAACAACUAAAUUCAUUUUAUUGCGAGUCUGUGAUUCACGUGUAAUUUCUAACAGCCUUUUGACAAUAUCGUAUGGAGUUAGUGAUAUUAAUUAAAAAGAAAUAUUUUUGAUAAUCUUUUAUACAUAUAAAAUUAACGCACAUUCCACUUAUGGGGAUCAGUGUCUUUCAAUUGUUAUAUGGUUUAUAACCAGCGAUUCGCGGUGGAUGAGCUGUUAGAUGUAUAUGGAGUAAGGGUUGACCGAUUAUUUUGUACAUUUAGUUAUUUAAGCAACUAAGUUAUUUGCAGUGUUGCCACAAUAAUUUCAAAUGGACGUAAACUUUAAAAAUUAAAAAAUAUAUACAAGGUGUCCCAUUUACAAUAAUGAAGUUGGAACAGAAUGUACUUAGUUAUCUAAGCUAAUCAAAUUUUCAAAAUACUUGAUCAGUCUGUUUUCUUUAUAUUUCUAAUACUCCAUUCGCCGAUAAUCACCCAGUAUAUAAGAUUUAGAUUGUGUAUUAUAUAUAAAAAUCAGUUGAUAAACUAAUAGGUUUAUUUAUAAUUAUCAUAUCUUUAAUUAAAAUCAGCUGGUUUUUUUUUCUUUGUAAAAAGUACUGAUUAGAUAUCUAAUAAUAAUUCAUUAUGGUUUUGAUAAUUAGGUUCUGCAAUCUUCGAUACCAAGCUAUCGAUUUUUGCCUCUUAUUCUUUACUCUAGAGUAAGUUCUCGAAAUCAUGCUUUGUACUAUAUAUUUUAAAUAAAUACAUCCAUUUUAUAAUAAAA